UUGUGUUAAAAAACUUUUAAUACUCUAUUUCAAAUAGAAAAUAAUUAAUUACCAUCAGUGUCAAAGUGUGACAUCGUUGUGAAAUUUAGUACCUAGUUUACAAAUAUUUGAAUAUUUAUCUUAUCAAUCACAAAAUAUUACUAUUACAUUUGCAACUAUUGUUUUUUGAGUUUGUAAAUAUAUAUUUUUUGUGACAAUGGUAAAUACUCCAACUGCAAACCAAUCACAAUGCAUCCUUUCCGAUAGCACAUCAUGUAAAACUGUGAAGCUCGCUCCACAACCGUUGUCCAAGCGGCUGCUGUACAGAGUGAUUGUCAACGGCGUGGACGUCACUCCGGACGACAUCAACGACCCAGCGUUCCCCACCAUGGAAGAAAUGUCCACACACGCUGCGUAUGAUAUUAAGGCUCGUGCCAAAAGCGAAAUAGGUAUUAGACCAUCUUUAACUAAAUCCAGGACAGCCGUCGACGGCGUGUCCGUGUAUGCCACCACUAUCAACCUUGACGACAUUAAAAUCGAUCACACGCUCGACACGGAGGAGGGGUUAGAGCCUGAGGACAGCGACCUCUCCAUAGCACCGUCCGCAUUCUAUUUAACUAAAGUGAACGAGCUAACGUCCUAUCCACCAGAAAUGAAGAUCACGCUUAAGGAAACUAAAACAGUUGUCUUAUUUUCGAUACCAUGUAUAUCUUACGACAAAGGCACUCAUGAAGCGAAUGCAGUUGAAGAAGAAAAUGCGUACUAUGAGUACAUUACUAUUGGAAAAGGGCGAAAUAGGAAAAUGGUUCAUCAAACAACUCAAACUAAAGAAGUUAUUAAACAAUCAAGGCAUACACUAGCUACAAGACCCAAGAAUAAGAACGCCAUAGCAUUCGCCUCCUUGUGGGACAUGCACGACACUUAUGAACAAAUUGCGAGAACUCUAGAGGAGUCCAAAGAAGAAGAUGAGAUGGUCAUGUACCAAUCCGCUGCACCUCACUUGUUACGGCAGAAAAGGAAAAAAGACCGGGAAAAUGAAAAACCGCGGAGCAAAACUUUCCUGGAAAUAGCGCAGACUCCUCAAUAUUUAGAUGCGGUGCUGCUGACAGAACGAGUACUUGCAUCCUUAAAGUAUGAACCUGCUCAGAAGAAAUUUCGAGGACUCGUUAAUAUGGAUCCACUGUCAUUAGACUUAGUAUAUGUUUACACACUUAGCGCUUUGUGGACUUACGAAUGCGAAGAGACUCUUAACAAACCUAUUUCGAGCAUAUCUUUUAAUCCUAAGUAUCCGCACAUAUGCGCAAUAUCUCAUGGAAAGUUUGCUUACGCCGAUGAAUGUCAAGGAAUGGUCUGUGUUUGGUGUUUCAAGAAUCCAUGUAAACCUGAAAGACUUUACACUUUCGAUGUGUCAGUCACCUCCGUGGGUUUCUCUACAAAGAAUCCUAAUUGGCUAGCUUGUGGGUUCAGUGACGGUGACGUGAUAAUAUUAGAUAUUCAAUCGUAUACAAAGAAAAUUAUAGCGAGGAGUAAACGUGACACAAAUCCCUGCUUUGAGCCGAUAUGGUUAAUAACUUGGGUUAGCAUAGACAGAGACAAUGAGUAUGUGAUGACAACAUGUCAGGACGGGAGGAUCCGCAGGCUGCAGAGCACGAAAACUCAUGAGUUUAUCAGUUCACCCAUGAUGCGAAUUUGUACUGUCGAAGGAAAUCUGAAGGGGCUGGAAACUGCCAAGACAUGUUUAAAGGUCGACGUCCCUAUCACUCGGUACCCUGCUGUGUUGUGCAUGAUAUGGCAUCCGACGAUAGAUCACUGCUAUCUGGUCGGCACUGACGAAGGCUGCAUACACAGAUGUUCUACUCACUAUCUGAAUCAGCAUAUGGACGUGUUCCGCGCUCACGCUGGCCCAGUCAAUGAUAUCUGUGUUUCCCCUUUUAUGAAAAAUCUGCUAGCCUCCUGUGGCGCUGAUAAUGCGAUUCGGCUCUGGAUUGAAGGCUUGGACGAUGUUAUAAUGACAUUAAACUGCCAAAACGCAGUGAACGCAAUAAGUUUCUGUCCAACAAACUCUAGUAUCUUAAUUUCAGUGAGUGGCCAGGCGUUGUCAGUUUGGGAUCUUCGACGUAAAAUUCAUAUGCCGUGUGCGGAGUACACGUUCCCGGGCAAUGUGACGUUGACGUACGUUCAGUUUGAAGCGUCUGGUCACAACGUGUUCGUGGGGGACACGCUGGGCAGGCUGCACACCUUCCACUUGGAAGACACGCCGAUCCCGCCGUACAAUCAGACCAAAAUGCUAGACGAAGCAAUAAGAAAAGCUCUGUGCACCAGGCCGCAUAUGAUAAAGCAACUUGAUAAGCUUAUGAGAUUUAAUAAACGGAAGACUAAAUUGUAACUAACGGUAUCUUAUAUAAGCUAUAUGUUCAUAUGUAACUCUGAGUACGGAUCAAAGCGUACCUAGGGGCGAUUUACGUUUGUGCACGUAGCUUAAUAGAGGUACCUACGAUAAGAUCGGAUUUCGUAACAAGUAAUCUGUACAGAUUUAUUCGCGCCGAUGAUACACCGAAGAUUUUUACCGGCGACCGGUCGCUGAUUUUAGCACUGGCGCUCACGUUUGUCCAAGUAACAGGGUCGAGGAAAUCUGAUUUGCAGUCGCUCCUUGUAAAUCCUUGUAAAUACUCAGCUGCAUUCGGUUCAACUGGAUGCCAACUAAUAGUUGUGUAAAGCCUUGUGAUGAUGAUGUAUUGUUUUAAUGUGGAGUGUAGAGUGUUUCCAAACUAACGUACCUGCAUGCGUAUAGUCGGUAUAUUUUCUUACACGAUUAAAAAUCGGAUGGUUUGAAACCGCUCUAAUAAAGAAUGUGAGACAAUCAUUACCAUUUACCUAGGUACUUAUAUUUAAUAGUAUAUGUUUACUUAUAUUUAAUAUUUAAUGUUAAUUUAUUUUUACUUAACAUUUAAUUUUUCUUUCUUCUUCAUUUAUUUUGCUUC